UUUUGCGGGCUGAGAGAUGUGCUGACGGUUAACAUUUAAGGUGGAAAUGCUACAGCGCGCCAAUUAUUGUCAAUAAUAACAGUGGUCUGUGAUUUAAAUAAAUAAAUAAAUAAAUAAAAUAAUAUCGGAACUACCAGCCAUUCCGAAGAUAAGAAUUGUUUAAACUUUUUUUUUUCCCUCCAUUAAACAAUAUCAGAACAAUUCGAUCUAUAAAAGAGGGAGAUUGUGCCCCCUUAACAGGUUUUGAAAUUGUUUUCAUUGGGUCUCGCAGAGAGCGUCACAGUUUCAAAACAGCAGCGGGACUGACCAAGCAGGAAUUCUGCACUGAGAUAACAACGCAGAGAAAAUGUUGCACGGCGGGCAGUCCAACGAGGCCCUCCUGCUCUUCCCAUACCCAGAGGAUGAGGAGUCUCUGCUCUUCAGUGCCUCGUCCCUGUGGGGGGAAGGGGGACCCCUGUCCGAGGCGCUGCUGCCCCUGGUCGAGCUUCCUUCCUCUGGGGGCUCCCCCCAGCCCCUGGUGCCCUGGCCCUGCUACCUGCGCUAUAAGACGGAGCUGUGCACUCGCUACACGGAGACUGGCACCUGCAAGUACGCAGACAAAUGCCAGUUCGCCCACGGACUUCAGGAGCUCCGCGCACCCUCCCGCCACCCCAAAUACAAGACGGAGCCGUGCCGCGCCUUCCACACGGCUGGCUUCUGCCAGUACGGUCCCCGCUGCCUCUUCAUCCACAGCCCAGAGGAGCAGCGGCGGGCGGAGGAGCGGAGGCAGCCCCACAGCAAGUACAAAACCGAGCCCUGCCGCUCCUACCGCUCCUCCGGCUUCUGCUCCUUCGGGAGCCGCUGCAACUUCGUCCACGAGGAGGAGGAGGAGGAAGGGUGGCUGGGGGCCGUGCCCCGAUCCAGCUUCUCCUCCUCUCCAGGCCAGGGCAGGCCCACUCACCAGCAGUGGAAGCAGCAGCGUUCAGUGCCUUGCCGCACUUUCCUAGCCUUCGGUUUCUGCCUUUACGGAGCGCGGUGCCGCUACAAGCACAGUGUAGUGAAGAGCCAGCCUGAGCCGGCCUCCAACACCAGACCCGCUUCUCCUUCUCUGCCACCUUCCAUCUUCAGCCUAGGACUUUCCUACCUGGCCCUGCCCAGCGGGAGAGCUCCCUCUCCAGCCUCGGACGGGCUGCCCUGCUCCUCUUCGUGUUCCUCUGUCACGCCGGAUUACCAUGGCGACAGCCCCUCGCCGGUGCCGCCCGAGCCGCUGGCUAACAACGCGUUCACCUUCACCAGCCAGCACAUCACUGACCUGCUGCUGCCCCUGGCCUGGAGACUGCAGGACCUGGAGAACAGGCAGCGGGGGCUUUCCCCAGAUCCAGGCCCCCUUGAGCUGUGAGCACAAACUCCAGCACCCUGCUCGCAAACUGGGCCAGGCUUUACUUCAGGGUAAUCAACAGAAGCAUUGGUGGCUUCCAACUGUCUUCCUCAAAUGCUGGGUCUCGAACCAGUUCAGUUUCAUGAAUUUUACACCCCCACUAUUUCAAACAUUGAACAUUUUGUUAAUGAUAUCUCUUUAAACCAAGCAUAGCAGCGUGUCUCUGUUUCAAUCGGCAGGAAUGUGUGGGUGGGGUUUGGGUGUUCUUUAUUUAUUUAUUUUUUUUUAAAUCUAUUGCACAAAACAAAUUAAUCACAGAUUAUGGCAGUUUUGAAUUACGACUUGGAACCAGGUUGGACUGUUCAGACGAACACUAAGAGUAACGUACGCUGUAACAAUGUUUUCUUUUGGCAUGUAAAUUAUUUUUUUUUAAAUAGGUUAAAUGUACAUUUAUCUUUUUACAUAUGAAGUCCGGGAACCUAUAGGUUGUGUAUAUAAGUGGGUGGAGCUUGUAGUUGUGACGCCCUUGUGUCGUGAUCGUGGUUUUAAACGUGGCUGGGUUGGCGCCUGUGCCAGGGCUCGUCGGGUGGGUUUCUGCAGUGACGGACAGCGGUACACGUAUAGGGUCUGAUCUGUUGGAAUUUACUACUGAAUCUCGUAGAGUUUGCAGAUAAUCAGAAUUACAAAUUGUGUCUUUCAUUUACCGUGAAUUGGGUUUUUAGAUUAUUUGAAUUAUGUAACUUGAAGCCUACAUGUGAUCAGACUGAUAGAAAUGACUCUAGAACUGCAGGCCUCCAGGUACACUUGGAGACUGAACCCAAUUUUAAAGAGGGCUGGGUCUCCUGUGGAUUGGGUUGUGUGAUGGGGAAAGUGAUGUGUGUGUGUAUAUUGUAUAGGUAAUUUUAUGACAGAUGGUUUUAAUCAAAGGAUAAAUGUUUAUUUAUGGAAUCUUUGACUUUAAUUUAAUUUAACCCUGUUUUGUUAAUGUUUGUUUAUUUAAGGUUAACACUGUUCACGUUGUAAGUGUUUUUUAAACUGCUGCCUUGUACAGAAAUGUACAUUUUAAUAAAACUCAAAUUGAAA